AUGGUUACAUUACAAGAUAUUAGUAUACAGCUUAUGAAACCAGCAAAAGAUCUUGCUGAUUGGAAAUUUCCAUUAUCGCAGAUUUUAGAAGAAUAUUAUGCUUUACUAGAAGAACCAUGUAAUAUUAAUUUUGGAGAAGCAGCACUUGUUCUUCAAAAUUCAACUAAUGUAUAUGUACGAAGAAUUGAUCGUUUACUUAAUGAGACAGAAAUUUUAAAACAAACCUUUUUUGGCUAUGAGGAAGAAGAAAUUAAAAAAUCUACGAGUAAAGAAAAAAAAAUGCUCAGAAAGGCUUAUAUUGAUUUUGAAAAUUUUGUAAUUAUUGAUUUAGAAAAAGAUGUUGGGAAACAUAUUGAUAAAAAGAAUCAAUUCCAAACACAGAAGAAAGUUAAAUUAUUAAGUCAUCGAUUUACACAACUGGAAAACUGUGUAACUCAAUUAUGCAUUCCUAUUCAUAUAUAUGAUAUUUUCGGAGAAGUCAUUGGAAAAAAAUAUGAUUUUCGGUGUAAUCAAACUUUAAAUACAAGUGGAAUGUUGGUAGAUGAAUUAAUACCAUAUGAUUUUACACGUAUUCUUACUCCUUCUACUCCAAAAGGAAGAAAUUCACUGUCAUCAUAUUCAGAACCAAAAACUCCUGGUACUGGAACUUCAGGAUAUCAUUCGAUUACUUCACCAAAUGAUAAUGAGUUUAUUACACUUAUUCAUGAUGAGUUUGAGGAUGAACAAAACUCUUCAUUAAUAGAAAAUGACUCUUCAUUAAUAGAAAAUGAUUCACAAAAUGAUUCAACAAAUGAAUUACAAGUUAUAGAAGAGGAAAAUAUGAUAAACAAUAAUCAUGAUAGUUUAUUUGGUAGCAACAGUAAUUUAAAACAAACUAAUACUGAAGAGAAUGUACUAGAAAAGUAUCAUAAUCAACAAAAUAUAGUGCAAAGUAUUAGUGACCAAAAUUGUUUAAUUCAGAAUUUGCAAGAAAUGAAUCAAAUUAGGGAGGGAUGCAAAAUUGGAGAUACAGUACAAAUAGAUCUGAUAAAAGAGAGUAAUCAAAAUAAUAUUAAGAAUAUAGUACAACUUGGAAAUAGUAAUCAAGUGAAAUUUAAUAAGCAGAUAGAUGAUAUUUGUAAAGAGAAUGAAAUUUUUCAAUUGAGUGAGUCUAAUGACAUACGAUGGAAGGAAGGAUUACUUAAUAUGCGUAAAAGAAGGAAUCGAACAACAAAGAUGUCAAUAUGUUCUGUAGAUGACAUAAAUGAAUAUGAUUGGAAACCAAUGCCACUUCUUCAAGAAAUAAAACAUGCUUUGUCUAAUAAUCCAUCUAUUUUGAAUCUUCCAGAUUAUAUUUCCUUUCUGGAGACAAAAUUUGGUUCUAAAAAGCGUAAGUUUAUAUCAAAAUUGAAAAAACCAGAGUGUUUAGCAAAAUUUGUUUUACGUGAAGCUGAAUUAUUCACAAAGAAAAAUACGGUUUUACAAACAAAACUGAAAUUCAGACAUUUACAAAAACGGGAGUUAGAAGAUUUCAUGAAGAAUUUUGAUGAAUGUUUAAAUGGUACAGAAAGAGAAAAUGAUAAUUCUCGGUAUGAAGCUGUAACAGAUAUUGCUCUCGAUUUAUCGGAUUUCCGCUUGUCUCAAAAUCAAAAUAAUUCAAUUGAAAAUAGUAUUGAAGAUAUAUCAAGUAGAAGUUCUUCACCUAUGGAUAUUACAUUACAAUCAAGUAUUUGUCAAAAUUCACUUGAUAUACUUGAAAAGUCACCAAAUUCAUGUAAUCGAUGUGAAUCUUCAAUUUCGGAAAUUAAUUUAUUCUAUUCUUUGCCGGAUUACCAAACAUUAAUUGAGGACAAAAUGAAAGAGAUUUUUGAAGAAUCUAACGUUACAACAGAAUUAGAUCUAACUGUAGCAAAGUGGCAUGCUUCUUUACAACCAAAAUUAUCAGAGGCUGAAAUCAGGCCAACAUUUCGAAUUCAUGAUUAUUCAUCUCGUAUAAUAGAAGCAUUACAAGCAUUAGACCAAAAAAAAAUUAAUUUUGAUAGUGUUGUUCAAGACAAACCUGCUUGUGAAGUAGCUAGAUACUUUUUAGCUUCAUUACAAUUGGCAAAUACUUACAAUGUAGAAAUAAGGAGGGAAAACAGUGAUAACAGUAUAGAAAUAACAUUGCUCAAUAAUGGAAAAAAUUAUAAGAAAGGUUAA